AUGAAAGCCAAGGUGCUUCUUGCAGCUCAACUCGCCUACACGGCAUGUUGGGAGGGCGCCAUGGCGCUCUACACCCGGGAUAAUACUCUUGUUCCAUACCUGAACCCCAAACUAUCUGCCAGUGAUCGUGCGGCUGACCUUCUGGGUCGAAUGACCUGGGAGGAAAAGGUCGGACAGCUCGGUGGAAUUCGGCGUGUGGCAAGCAGAUCAAAUGGAAAGCUGACCUUCAAUCGGACUUCAUUUGAACAUAUCCGCGAGACGCAGAAUGGUCAGAUUGGACCUGGCUUCCAGUUCAACUGGGCCGAAGAAGUUCUCCCUGUAUUGAAUCAAGUUCGAUCCGAGCAGAUCAACAGCUCGAGGCUUCAUGUUCCAUAUAUUACCAUAUCUGACUCCAUCAAUGGGAUCUGGGUCUCCGGUGGGAGUCUGUUCCCCGGUACCAAUGCAAUGGCAGCAUCAUGGAAUUUGGAACUGUAUGGCAAAGCGAUCGAGGCAAUCCGUGACGAAAACCUUGCGUUGGGAAUCCAGUGGGUUCUAGCCCCGGAGGUCGAUCUUGCCAAGGAUCCCAGAAAUGGCCGAAAUGGAGAAAUGUAUGGCGAAGACGGUUACCUUGCCGGAGAGUUUGCCACACGGUACAUACAAGUGAUGCAGGAAAAGGACGAAAAUGGCUGGGUUCGAGUCGCCACAACGAUCAAGCACUGGGUCUAUGGUCAAGGCAGCGGAGGUGUCAACCGUGCGAGCAUGCUUGGCGGUCUCAACCACAUCCUCAAUGACCUUGGUGCUUCGUAUGUGAAGCCAAUCCGGGAUGCUCAACCACUCUCACUCAUGUCAUCUUACUCCACCGUCGAUGGGGUUCCAUUAUCCAUCAACAAGUACCUUCUCCAAGAUAUCUUACGCCGCACACUUGGGUUCAAGGGACUCAUCAUGUCCGAUGCAAAUGCCAUCGAGUAUCUGUACACCGAGUCAAACGUUGCUUCAUCCGCCGCAGAUGCCGCACAAAAGGCACUGAAGGCCGGCUUGCAGCAUGAACUGCACCCAGGCGGCAAUGGUGUCUUUACAACCCUCAUUACGGCCAAGGAUGAUCCGCAGGUCGUCUCUCUAGUCAAUAGCUCUGUUCUUGCACUGUUGGAGAUAAAGUUCCUGACGGGUACGUUCGACCGCCCUCUACCUACGCAAGAAAAUCUGGCCAAGACAUUGCGCAAAAAGGAGCAUUUGGAAAUCAACAGAAAAAUCACGAGAGAAUCGGUUGUCAUGUUGAAGAAUGACGGACUCUUGCCACUGAAAACGGAUGCUGUUAAACAGGUUGCGGUCAUUGGGCCCUAUGCCGACAUCAUCAAUGCUGGUAUGUACGCUGCGUGCAAUGCCACAGACCCAGUCUAUGGAUCGACGCUCCGUAGAAGUCUAGAGAACAAGCUCGGUGCAGAGAAUGUGCUCUACUCAAUGGGCACCAACUCCAUACUCCCUUCCAACAACACCGACGACAAAAUCAUCAAGGAAGCUGUUGCGCUUGCAAAGAAGGCUGGCAUUGCUAUUGUCAUGCUUGGAUCUGGCCUCGGCACAUUCGAUCCCGCUACGAUUAACAAUCAGCGUACCGACCAGGAAGGAUUCGCACAUGCCGACCUGAACUUCCCAGGUCAGCAGCUGGAUUUACUCAAGGCUGUCCUGGAGACAGGUGUGCCUACAGUGCUCAUCAUGAGCUCCGGACAGACCUUCCUACUCCCGGAUUCCAUAUUUGGCCCUACCAAUGCCGUAUUCCAUUCCUGGCUCAGUGGAGAGUAUACCGGCGAUGUCAUCACCGAGAUCUUGUUUGGGGAAACAAAUCCCAGCGGGAAGCUGACCGUUACUAUCCCUGAGGCAAACGGGGCAUUUCCAGUCUCGUACGACUUUCUUCCCUCUGACGACGUUGGCGGGUUUGGAACUGCCCUGCUGUAUGACUGGCACUGGCCACAAGUCACACGCUCGCCCCCGCUCCGGUUUGGAUUUGGCCUGAGUUAUACAAGUUUCUCAAUUGGAAAUUCCACUGUUAAUGUGGACGGAGCGAGGGACAACUCUACGGUAAAAUUCUCUGCCAGUGUCACGAACACAGGUGGGAUGACCGGCAAAGAAGUCGUCCAGCUGUACUUUCGGCCAGUGGUCAGCGUGAUUGAGUUCCCAGUGAUGAAGCUGAUUAGGUUUCAAAAGGUCAGUCUCGACCCUGCCCAGUCAGAAAAGGUUGCGUUCUCUAUCCCUUAUCAUGACUUGGGUUACUUUGUGAAUGGAGAGUGGCAUGUUGAUGGGGGUAAUUACACUUUCUGGAUUGGAAGCAGCUCUCGCAAGGAGGAUUUGAUGCAGUUGAAUGUCACAGUUUCUUAA